AUGAGUGCUGACGAUCCUAAUCACCAUUUUAUUGUAAAGCCGUUCCCUGGAGCAACAGUCUCAGAUAUGGAGGAUUUUGUCAAGCCAUUGACAAGAAGGACACCGGACAAGAUGAUUUUACACGUCGGAACAAAUGACCUGAGAAGUCAUUCUACGCCGAAAAUAAUAGCAGACUCCAUUGUCAACAUUGUAACACAAAUAAAAGAAGAUUCACCAGGUACAGCCGUUGACAUUUCAGCUAUUCUGGUAAGAAAUGACAAUAAUGACCUAGUUGCUAAAGCUAUUCAAACUAAUUUAAGUAAUUCAAAUAUGAAUGCAAGUCACUUAAACAUGAGGGGUCUUCAUUUAAAUAGACAAGGUAGUUUAGCUUUACAACAAAACUUACUAGGUUUUGCAAAAACUAUUUUAGAUUGACUUUAUCUUACUCAGUCCGUUAUUCCUACCUCGUGCGGGUUUAAGCUCGCGGCACUUAAUGUGAGAAGCCUAGUAAAUCAUAUUGAUGAAGUGCGAAUUUUGCUUGCUACUAGCCCGAUCGAUGUCCUAACAAUAAAUGAGACAUGGCUUAAUUCUACAAUAAGCGAUAACGAUGUAUAUAUACCUGGAUACGAAAUCAUACGUCGUGCCAGGGCAUUUAGAAGUGCAGGGUGUGAGGUGUUUGUUUUUAUGUACGCUAGCUUCAGCGUAAAUUUCAUACAGCGUAAAGACAUGUCUAUUGAUGAUUUAGAAAAUCUAUGUAUUCAAAUUCAAAAACCAAAUUCUCAGCCAUUUCUUGUUGCGACAUGGUACAGGCCACCAAAUUCGAAUGUUGAUAAAUUUAAUUAUUUUGAGACAUUUAUUGACAUGCUUGAUGCUGAAAAUAUCGAGUACUAUUUAUUGGAUGACCUAAAUUGUGAUCUCGGGUCGCCUGAUUUAGAGAGUAAUUCGAGAUCAUUAAUAGGCAUCACUGAGCUCUAUGGUUUACAUCAAUUGAUAAGUGAACCGACUCGAAUUACUGAAACUUCCUCAACUAUGAUUGAUCAUAAUUAUAUUCACUAAUACACCAGAUAAAAUUGUUUGCUCCGGUGUUUCUCAUGUCGGUAUUAGUGAUCACAGCUUAAUAUAUGCAUUCCGUAAGCUUUCAACCGGUCUACACAAUAAAGGCCAUUCUACAGUAAAUUAUCGAAAAUUUAAAAAUUUUAAAUCUGAAAGUUUUCUAAGUGAUAUUUUUUCACAGAAUUGGGACGUCAUAAGGGCGUAUAACAAUCCGCAUGAUAUGUGGCGUGUGUGGAAAACGACCUUUAAUAACGUAGUGGAAAUGCAUGCUCCUUUACGGACAAGGCGGUAAGACUUUCUAAGUCGCCCUGGAUCACGCCUGGGUUAAAAAAACAUAUGCAUGAAAGAGAUAUUUUAAAAAUCAAGGCUAUUCGAUCUAAAGAUAUUUAUGACUGGGCUGCUUUUAAGAAAGCUCGCAACUCUGUGAACAAUGAAAUUAAAUUUGCGAAGAGAGCCCAUUUAGGAAUGCUUUUCAUGAAAACGAGAGUAAUGUGAAAAAAACUUGGGGUAUUAUUAAUGAAUUAACCUCAAGAAAACAAAAUAAUUCACAUGUAAAAGAGAUUAAACUAAAUGGUUCUUCAGUUAAUGACCCCCCCCCCCCCCCCCGGGGGUUAUCAGAGACGUUUAACACUCAUUUUGCUAGCAUUGGACCUAAGCUUAUGGAGAAGAUAACUUGUGAUGAAAAUAACUGCUCAUAUUUAGAAUAUCUUAAUUGCCAUAUUAGUGGUAAUACUUUUGAGUUGAAGUCGACAACUUCAUCAAUGGUUUGUUCACUUUUGGACAAGCUCUGUAAAAUCUAAAGCAACUGGCCUAGAUAAAAUAUCUGCUAAGCUUCUUCGCUACCGUCCUGACCUACUGUCGAAAUCCCUUACCGUAAUUUUCAACUGCUCAAUACCGGUAUCUUUCCUGAUGAAUGGAAAUGUUCAAAAGUCAUUCCAUUAUUUAAACACGGUGAGCGUAGGGACUUGAAUAAUUAUCGUCCAAUUUUGAUAAUCCCUGUUGUAGCGAAGGUUUUUGAGCGAAUUAUUUAUGAUCAAAUCUAUGCCUUUCUUACUGACAACAAUUUACUAUGUAAUAGCCAGGCAGGGUUUCGAUGUCUACAUUCAACUGUCACCGCGCUUUUUGAGUCCACCAAUAACUGGGCAUACAACAUUGACCAAGGCCGAGUUAAUGCUGUAGUUUUCCUAGAUCUUAAGAAAGCGUUUGACACUGCAGUUAACCAUGGAAAUUUACUAUCAAAACUGAAUUCGUACGGUCUUGGAGGUGCUGUGG